AUGCUUCGGACUGUUGUCUUCGUCGUGCUUUCACUAGUUUGCACUGUACAAGCACUUGCCAACUGUACGAGUUGUCCGCCUGAAGGUAUCUGGUCGAAUUGGUCGAACUACACUUCAUGUUCGGACACUUGUGGACUUUUCGGGAAUCAUAUUCAAACGAGAGCAUGCACCUCUUGGUCUUACGGAUGUCCGUGCACUGGAAACUAUUCCCGAACGGAACCUUGCGGUGACACUCCUUGUCCUUUUCCGAGAGACGCCUGCAAAUCUCCCUACACGAAAUAUCCGAAUCAGAUUCAAAAGCGCUACUUGUGUGGAAAUGUGACAAACACAGCACCAGCUGGUGACUACGUGGCACCGACUUGUAAAAUGACUGCUGUUCUCAACAAUUGUCCGUGUCCACCUGGGGGAAUUUGGUCGGCUUGGACCCCGGGCACAUGUACAGCCACGUGUGGUUUGUGCGGGACGGCGAAUCAGACAAGAACUUGCAAAUCGACAGUUUAUGGAUGUGCUUGCACUGGACCGUCAUCGCAAAUGAUCGCUUGCCCGACAACUCCUUGCAAUACAAGCACUCCUUGUUGUGGCGGAAAUCCAGUUGUCACAGUGGUGUCCAAUAAUACCACAAGAUGCGGUCUUCAGCUUCCCCCGGAUCCCGUUCGUGCUCUUCCAUCCUGCCCAACCACCACUAAAGCCACUACAACUACAACAAAAGCAACGACAAAAACAACGACAACAACGACAACAACGACUACUACAACGACAACAACGACGACAACGACCACUACCCCAACGACAACUACAACAACAACUACUACGACGACGACGACGACGACGACAACAACGACGACGACGACGACGACGACAACGACGACGACAACGACGACGACAACGACCACGACGACGACAACGACAACGACAACUACAACGACCACGACAACAACGACGACAACAACGACAACCACCACAACUGAUACGACGACCACAACCACCACUACAACCACUACAACGGGACCACCGACCACAACUACUGUUCCUGGUUGCCAAAAGUGCAAGCAGGACUUCUCAAGCCAUUACUACUCGAAUCCACGCGAUCCACGCUCGAACACAUACAAAAUGGACAUCACUAUCUCAUUGAAUGCGAAAAACUGCUUGCAGGCGACGUUUGUUUGCGCGAGUAGCAAACCGCCAACACCGUCACAAUCCAUGUACUUCUACGUGUACGAUUACGCGAAUUCGGCAACAGUGGCCAACUUAACAGGCUGUGGAUCGAUCACUUCCUCAUCAGCAGGAGCCUCAAUCUUGACGUGUGGUGCGGAUCAAUACUGGCGUAUGUUGGGAAGCCGAAUCGGCAUGUGGGGAUGCUACAACAAUCCGAAACCAGCAACGUGUCCA